UCCCCACAUGGUCCAUAUUAUUUAAAUCCACACAAAUUCAUGAUCAUCAUCAUCAUCAUCAAUACUACGCUGAAUAACAUUAUUAUCAGUUUAAUCAAUCUUAGUUGAAACUCUAUUGAUGGCGACAGAAGAACCUAUUGCGCCGGCAACAGUCGCAACCGAGGAAAAACCGAAGAAAGUUAAGAAAGCUCCGGUGAAGAGUAAGCCUAGAAGUCCUUCUUUGCACCCACCUUACUUCGAGAUGAUCAAGGAAGCCCUUGUUACUCUAAAGGAAAGAAGCGGCUCAAGUCAAUACGCAAUCACAAAGUUUAUCGAAGAGAAUCAAAAGAAUCUUCCAGCCAACUUUAAGAAGGUUCUGUUAACUCAAUUGAAGAAAUUUGUUGCAGGUGGUAAGCUAGUGAAGGUUAAGGCCUCUUACAAGCUUCCUGCAGCCGCUGCUCCGGCCAAGAAGAAACCUGCAGCCAAGCCGAAAGCGGUUAAGAAAAUAGCCCCGGCUAAGGUUGCCAAACCUAAGCCCGCUCCUAAGCCGAAGGUGGUUGCAAAGGCUAAGGUGGCUGCUGCUACCAAGGCGAAGCCGAAGCCGAAGGCUGCAAAAACGUCGGCCGCAGUGAAGAAGGCGACGGCUAAGAAGGUGGGUGUGAAGAGCUUGAAGCCUAAAGCCGCGAUAGCAAAGAAAGCGACUGGUACAAAGAAGACGAAGAAGUGAGAUUAUAGUAUAUUUGUGUGGUUUUGGAGAUGUAAAAUGUUGUUUUGUGUGGAUAGAGUUGUUAAGCUAAUCAAUCAGUUGAUCAGUCGUUACUAAAUUUGUGUUUAUCAGUCUAUGUUUCUAAUCCAAUUAUACAUGUGUUGUUUGUA